ACGGACAGCGUCGCGCAACAUUGUGGCUCUGGGUUGUUCGCAGAGUGCGACAGCCCUGGACGUCACCCGAGCUGUCCGUCGAGGGCGACCGUGUGACGGAGCGAAAGGGCCGCGCCAUCGCGGCUAGGGCACGACGGCCGUUCACCCGGGGCAUUCGGGUCUCGGGUGAUCAACGAGUGCGGUAACCGUUACGCGGCUGCGCCGAGGUUUUUACGUUUCAACAAAUAUUUAAUGUGUUAGGAAUAAAGUUUGCAUGUUUUGUUUGUAACCUUUUAGUUGUGCUUAGUUCAGUGGUUUAUUCAAAUAAGUGAACGGACAUCCGAACACAACAGUGGCGACGAGGAAAAAAAAAGUAGUAUAGAGAUAUAUAUAUACAUACACAUAGACACAUAGAACUACAGUGCAGUGCAGUGAAAUUCGGACGCCUUGGUGAAUUGAAGUGAAAAUUAAGCGCAAACGGCGAAGGAUGAACAGCCCCGAAAACUCCGCUGCGGAUGAGCAGCGUCGAGCAUCCCAACAUUGGCCAACCGAUUUCGGCGCCAGCACCUCGCAGCAGCAUCAUCCGCCUCCUGGACAAAAUGGAACUGGACCGCCAUCGCAGAAUGUUGCCCCUGCGCCAUCAUUUUUAUUCCCGGGGGCAAUGCCAUCUAGUAAUGAAGCAAACACGGUAGUCCAAGUGUUGCAGCUUCUUAAGCAACAAAUGGCACAACAGCAGAAAUUAAUGGAGCAGCUGAUGAGUCAGCAGCAAGUUUCGUUCCAGCCGCAGCAGAUUGAUCCGCCUCCGCAGCCAACCCCCAGCAACCCCGAACAAAUUUUGGACACCAUUGCGAACCAAAUCGUGGAAUUCCGUUUCGAACCCGAUUCGGGAAUAACAUUCGAGGCCUGGUUUGCCCGCUAUGAAGAGUUGCUUACCAAAGAUGCUUCAAGGCUCGAAGAUGCUGCCAGAGUUCGCCUUCUGAUUCGUAAGUUGGGUCCCACGGAACACGAGAGACUAACAAAUUUUCUUUUGCCUAGCUUGCCACGCGAUUUCACCUUCGACGCCAUCGUGGACAAACUAAAAAAGCUUUUUGGCAAAAUGGAGUCGCUUCUCAGCAAACGUUAUAAAUGUUUCAACAUUACAAAAGCACGCUCGGAGGAUAUGCUGACCUUCGCCUGCCGCGUAAACCGUGCUUGUGUAGAUUUUGAGUUGUCGAAAAUGACGGAAGAUCAACUCAAAAGCCUGGUGUUCGUGUGUGGCCUCAGGGAAGACGAAGACGCUGAAAGCCGUACUCGCCUUUUGUCUCGCAUCGAGGAAAAAUGUGAUAUCACUCUCGAGCAGCUGUCUGCCGAAUGCCAGCGAGUGGCUAACCUUAAGAAGGACAGUGCGAUGAUUGCUGAUUGCGGUGAACGUGUUCUAGCGGUAAAAAGCAAUCAUCAACGACGUUAUCCGUACCAGCCGCGGAAUCAGUAUGAGGGCACGUCUCAUUCACACUUCCAGUCGAGCACCAAUGGAAGGCGCACACAGCAGGGAUGGGAGAACAAUGAGAAGGCAAAAUACGACAAGCCUAAAAAUCCUUGUUGGCUGUGCGGAGAGCUACAUUGGAUGCGUGAGUGUACGUUCACCAAUCAUAAAUGUCGCGACUGUAACCAAAUCGGCCAUCGUGAAGGAUGUUGCAGCACCGCAAAUCGACGUCGCAAAUAUGUCCACUACAACAAUGCAAACAUUCGAGUCGUAACAGUGAACGUCUGCCAAGUUCAGAAGAAGCGAAAAUUCGUCACGGUUGUCAUCAAUGAUCAGCCGGUGGAACUACAACUUGACACCGCAUCCGAUAUCACAAUAAUUAGCCAAAGUCUGUGGAAGCAAUUAGGGAAACCACCUUUGGCCAACUCUACAGUGAAAGCUAAAUCGGUUUCUGGAGCAAACCUGCAAAUAGAUGGCGAGUUUCAGACAGAUGUUAGAAUUGGAAAUACGACUCACCAAGCUACCAUCAGAGUCAUCGAUGCGGACGAUCAGAGUCAUUCCGAUGGACGCUUUCUGUAACAGCAUCUCUACGGAACCGGUAUCCAAAGUGCUCGAGCGAAAAUUCCCAGCCGUCUUCAAUGGUACGGGGCUAUGUACCAAGACUUGUGUCCAACUUCAGCUGAAGGAAGGUGUUCAUCCGGUGUUCUGUCCGAAGAGACAGGUCGCAUAUGCGGUGCAGGAUAUGGUCGAUAAGGAGCUGGAUCGAUUGGCGGAAAGAGGAAUAAUCUCUCCCGUAGAUUAUUCGGAAUGGGCAGCUCCAGUGGUUGUCGUCAGGAAAGCGAAUGGGAAUGUGCGACUCUGUGGCGACUACUCUACCGGAUUGAACUCAGCGCUUCGGCCUCACGAAUAUCCACUGCCCCUACCGGAGGACAUAUUUGCUAAAUUAGCACACAGUAAGUUAUUUAGCAAAAUUGACCUAUCCGAUGCAUUUUUGCAGGUUGAAGUCGACCCUCGCCACCGUCCACUACUCACCGUCAACACACAUCGUGGACUGUACACCUACAAUAGAUUGCCACCGGGAAUUAAGGUAGCUCCAGCAGUCUUCCAGCAGCUUGCAGACACUAUGUUAGCUGGAAUCAGCGGGGUAUCCUGUUACAUGGACGACAUAGUUAUCGGGGGCUCGUCAGAACAAGAGCACGAUGCAAAUCUAUCAGAAGUAUUGAGGCGGAUUGAAGAAUACGGUUUUACGAUUCGGGCUGAAAAGUGCGCUUUUAAGGUAAAACAGAUUCACUAUUUAGGAUAUAUAAUUGAUACAAACGGCAUGCGCCCCGAUCCUGCAAAAAUAGAGGCUAUUACGAGACUACCAGAGCCUACAGACUUGACAGGAGUUCGUUCAUUUUUAGGGGCUAUAAAUUAUUAUGGCAAAUUCGUGCCCAACAUGAGGGAACUGCGCUACCCCUUAGAUAGCCUUUUAAAAGCUGAUACGCCAUUCCGUUGGACCAAAGAAUGCAGGCAAUCAUUUAACAAUUUCAAAACGCUGCUCUCGUCAAAUUUGCUAUUGACACAUUACGAUCCAAAACAGAAUAUAAUAGUAUCUGCAGAUGCAUCCUCAGUUGGUCUGGGAGCCACUAUUAGUCACGAGUAUUCGGAUGGUUCCAUUCGUAUAGUUCAGCACGCAUCGAGAGCGCUCACCAAAGCAGAACAAGGCUAUAGCCAAAUCGAUCGCGAGGGUCUGGCAAUCAUAUUUGCGGUCACCAAAUUUCAUAAAAUGAUUUAUGGCAGACGUUUUAAACUCCAGACGGACCAUCGUCCGCUGUUGAGAAUAUUUGGUUCGAAAAAGGGCAUACCAGUAUAUACGGCUAACCGACUACAACGAUUUGCACUUACUCUUUUAUCGUACGACUUUGAUAUAGAAUAUGUCCGUAGUGAAUCUUUUGGCAAUGCCGAUAUUCUUUCUCGAUUAAUACGAGCGCACGAAAAACCGGAAGAAGACUUUCUGAUAGCUUCAGUGAGCUUAGAAGCUGAGGUGAAAUCUAUCGCUGCUAGUAACCUUGGGGCUUUUCCUAUAAGUUUCGAUGCAGUCGUUUGUGAGACUAAAUCAGAUCCCCUGUUAAGGAAGCUUUACGAAUACGUGCAAAAUGAAUGGCCAAGAAAUGCUACCAUCAGCGGCGAAUUAUCGCAAUACUAUCAUAGGAAAGAUAAUCUCUCAACAAUCGAAGGCUGCAUUUUAUUCGGAGAGAGGGUGGUCAUACCCGAAAGACUAAGAGAACGCUGCCUCCUUCAGCUUCAUCGAGGACAUCCGGGUAUACAGCGAAUGAAGGCGAUCGCUCGCAGUUAUGUAUACUGGCCAACAAUUAAUGAUGAUAUUACUGAUUGUGUAAAUGCUUGCCAUCCUUGCGCCCUUGCGGCCAAAUCACCUAAUCACACAAAUCCUGUACAUUGGCCAAAUACUAAAACACCUUGGGAACGUAUCCAUGUAGACUACGCAGGGCCUCUUGAUGGCGAAUACUUUUUAGUAGUGGUGGAUGCAUUUUCUAAGUGGCCUGAGAUUAUCAAGACACAAAGCACAACCUCGACUGCUACCAUCGGAAUACUCAGGAGUUUAUUUGCGCGUUUUGGCAUGCCGGUCACACUUGUAAGUGACAACGGAACACAAUUUUGUAGCAGUGAAUUUGAGGAAUUUUGCCUGCGUAGUGGUGUUCAUCAUCUUACUUCUGCCCCGUACCAUCCGCAGUCGAACGGACAGGCGGAAAGAUUUGUCGAUACGUUCAAGCGAGCUCUGGCCAAGAUAAGAAAUAGUAGAACGUCUCUGCAAGAAUCUCUAGAUAUAUUUUUACAAACAUACCGGACGACUCCUAACUUCCAAAACCCGCAACAUCAGUCUCCAGCGGAUGUAAUGUUUGGCAGAUCCAUUAGAACAUGUUUUGAGCUUCUUCGUCCACCUUCCAAAAUGCAGUAUGAAUCGUCUAUGAAUACCAGCAGAGUUUUUGCGAGGGACGAUCUGGUUUACGCGAAGCUUUAUCAUCGCAAUGGUUGGAAAUGGGUUCCCGUAGUGGUAGUUCAGAAGCGCGGCAACGUCAUGUACAAACUAAACACAGGUCAACGGAUGAUUAUCAGUCAUGUGAACCAGUUGAAGCGCCGCGGCAACAGCAUCGAGCAGCUUGAUACCGAAACUGCAUCCGCGUUACCACUUGAAGUGUUGCUAGAGGCAUGGAACCCAUCGUCAUCGUCAUCGUCAUCGUCAUCGUCAUCGUCAUCGUCAUCGUCAUCGUCAUCGUCAUCGUCAUCGUCAUCGUCAUCGUCAUCGUCAGUGCGACAGCCCUGGACGUCACCCGAGCUGUCCGUCGAGGGCGACCGUGUGACGGAGCGAAAGGGCCGCGCCAUCGCGGCCUGGGCACGACGGCCGUUCACCCGGGGCAUUCGGGUCUCGGGUGAUCAACGAGUGCGGUAA